AUGUCGUCUGUCCGCUGGACUCGUCUUGCGCAGCGCCGCUUAUAUACAAGCGCUCCUUCUAGGCUUGUAGGUACGCCGCCCAUCACACAGGUUAGCUCGCGACCGUUCGCUGGCGGGCUCCUUGGCUUCCUCACUGGCUUGAGCAUAACAUCACUUGCAGGGCUAUACUGGAUUCAAUAUGAGUACAAAAGUGCUUCUAUCAAUGUCGUGAACAGCAGUGAACGCCUGUCUGAUAUGGCCCACAACGUCACUCAUUACCUCGAGCGCAUCGCUUUGCUUGAACAGCGACUGAACAUGUUGGAGAAGACACUCGCUCCUCGCGAUGAAGUGCAAAAGGCUUGGGAAUCGCAUCGAAACUUGUACACCGACAUGUUUGAAGAAACACAUGCGAUUCGCGAGCGCCUAUGGAAGCUGGAACAUGACAUGUUCGCAACUCGCACACGUUCGCGCGUGUCGCCAACGUGGGAUCAGCCAUCGUAUGAGAUACCCCCUAUGCCUCCCGUGCGGCUCGUAUGA